AGAAAGGAAGGCGUGAGGGGGUGGGGGAAGGAGCGGGAGGGCAGGGCAGUGUCGUUGUCUGCUUGGAACUGCCCCCUGUGAAGUACAUGAAAUCUGUUCUCUUCAUAGCAAAAACAAAUUUUUUAAAGGGGGCGUGGAUUUAAGAACACUGCCUGGCCCUGUAGUGGUGUGACUGGGAGGUGCUUGGGUUUCUGUCUGGUCCCUCGGGACUGGAAUCCACAGGGGAAGAGCAGUCGCAGCACGCCUCCACGGCCCUCUUCCCCUCUUCUUGAAGCAGUGCCGGUUAAACCCAGCCAUCCUUGGCCAAGACUCACCCAUGCUGCCGGCACCAUGAAGCCUGUGCUCCCUUGCCACUUCCUGCUGGUGCUCUGCCUGGCGCCGCACCUGGUGCCUGGGAGUCCCAAGGAGCGCUUAAUGAAGUACAUCUUGGAACCUCCACCCUGCAGAUCGGAACCUGAGAAUUGUAACAGAUUCUGCACGCUGCAGGAAGACUGCCUGAAUGGGCUGCAAUGCUGCUCGGCCUUCUGUGGGAUAGUCUGCUCACUGAACAGAACUCCAAAGCGCCGAAGAAACAAGGCCAAGAAAGUAAAAAAAAAAAAAAUACCCUGCUAACCCCUGAGGCAUAGCUCCCGGAGCAAUUGGUUCCAUAAAAUUAACUCAAGUUAAUGGAGAACACUGCAUCCUUGGAAGUAAUGUGACCCCACCCCAUGCUGCGGAACAGCUGCCAACAGUGAUUUCCAACCCCCGGCUAAGUCCCCAGCACCUUUGGAAGGCUUCGCUGCCCUCUACAAUUCUCAAGUGAAUGGGGCCAACCUGCAACUGUGUGGCCGCCCACUCCCACAAUUCUACUUUUCUUCUACUUCCUUUCCCUCUACAAGACGUCCUGGUGACCCCUGACCCAGAGCAGGAAGUACUGGCCAGAAAAAUCUGCAGGACCCUUUACUGACCAGCUGUGGUUCAAACUGACCUGGGUAAGGCAGACCUCUCACGUAGCUUAGCCACUCAAACUGCAGCUGUCACCGUCUUGAUAAUCCGAGCUUGAUCUGUCCUAUACUGGAGGCACCAGUCACAAGAAGCUAUUUAAAUGUAAAGUUGUGUUAAUUACAAUAAAAUAAAAUACUCAGAGGCCAGCACCAUGGAGCAGCCGGUUAAGUUGCCUUUUGCAAUGCCGGCAUCCCAUAUUGGAGUGCUGACUUGAAUCCAGGCUGUUCAUGCUGACCUCGCUUCCUGCUAACAUGCCUGGGAAAGCAGUGGAGGAUGACCCAACUGCUUGGAACCCUGCCUUCCUGGCCUCAACCUGGCUCAGACCUGGCUGUUGAAGCCAUUUAGGGAGUGAACCACAGAUACAAGGUUUCUCUCUCUCUCUCUCUCUCUCUCUCUCUCUCUCUUGCUACCUUUCAAAUAAAUUAAUCUUUUUUAAAAUUUUAAAAAUAAAAUAUCCAAUUGGCUCCUCGGUCUUCCUAGUCAUUUCCUAUGUUCAAUAACCACAUGCUGCUGCCGACAGCUGCUGUUACACAUCACGAACACAGAACACUUCCAUCACACAGACGCUCUCAUACAAAGUAGCGCCGCAAGCUCUAUAAAGCCGUUAUCCAAUUAAUGACGGCUAAUCAAAGACCAUGAUUGCAUAGAUUUUUAAAAAGAUUUAUUUAUUUAUUUAUUCAGUUAUUUGAAAGGGGGGUGAGAGAGAGGGAAAGA